AUGUCGACAACAACCGUCCUUCACCAGUGCCCGGCUCACGCAGCAGCAACAACCACACGCCUAACGCCAAAACAAGACGAGCAUCACCACGACCCCACUAUAUAUCCCUUCCCACAGCCCUACCCCGUCGCCUUCAGCGACACCCAAGUGCGCAAAAACGAGAUUUGGAGCCGCAUCCAGCGCGAGGCGCAUGCCGAUGGAAUCGAUCUGACUGUGCUGCCGUUUGCGAAAAAUGCUAUUGCAAGUAUAGUGGCGCUUGAGGGCGACAAGGUGGAUGUAAAUGCGCUUGGGUUUGCGGAGAGUGGGAGGGAGAUGAGGAGGGUGGAUGUGCAUACGCACCCCAUCCCAGAUUGGUUCCGAGCACUGGAGCUCAACGCCGCAGGUCGGGAGACGCCGUCUUGGAGCGCCGAGGGCCAUCUGAAGUUUAUGGCGGAGCACCAAAUUGCGCAUUCGGUGCUGUGUAUUUCCACGCCCCAGGCAAAUGCGUUUUCCAAUGAGACGGACGUGGAGUUGAGGAGGAAAAAGACGAUCGCGCUCGCGCGGCUACUCAACUGCUUUACCGCGGAGCUGUGCAGAAUAUAUCCCGAACAGUUCAGCUGGAUGGCUAUCAUGCCGCUGCCGCAUGUGGAUGAGUCGAUUGCAGAGUUGAGGGCUGUGUUGGGGCUGCAGGAUGGACAUGGACAGCGGCCGGUGGGUGUGGGCGUGCUGACCAACCACGAGGGAUUGUAUCCUGGCGAUGCAACGUUCGAUCCGAUAUGGCAGUUUUUGCAAGAAAGAGCGGGAGAAGGGGGAAAGGAAGUCGUGUUUAUCCAUCCGACCGAGCCCAUUAUCAGACUUGACGAUGGACGCUUGAUUAACUCGAGGCCGUCACCGCUUCGUUCAGGCCUGGGAGAAUUCUACUUUGAAACCGCCCGCGCCAUAUCCAGCAUCACGGCCUCUUCGACCAUUCUCCGCUACCCCGGCCUCCACUGGCGCGUGUCCCACGGCGCCGGCGCCUUUCCAGAUAUCUCAGAGCGCUUUCUACUCGGGUUUCCCAAAAUCUCCGACCAAGCAAGAGACGCCUACAAAUCCCGCUUUUGGUACGAUAGUGCGGGCCCCGUCUGGCCCAAGCAGAUCAAAGGGUUGACGGAGGGAAUGGAGAUUCCAGUUAGCCAGAUGGUGUUUGGGACCGACUUUCCGUACGGAAUUGGCUUCUGGGACGUCGAUGAGAAUAUCAAGGGGUUGGCGGAGGCGGAAGCCAUCGGGGAGAGUGACAAGGAGAAGGUAUUUUGGAGGAAUGCGAGGGAGUUGUGGAGGGGGAGGAUUAAGGCGUUGGAGGGGUGGGGGGAGAUGUUGUAA